CCGCCGUAGCUCUGCUCCACGGGGAGUAACUAAACAAGGCCUCAGCCGCCGUAGCUCUGCUCCAGAGUGGGCACCCGUCACCCGUGUGUCACGGGCACGACGAGAUUCGGCGGGGAUGGUGCGGUGGCGGGCACGGGGCCUGCUGCCUCUGGUCACCUUCGUCACACUCGUCAUGAUCCUUGGAUCUUUGCUUCAGUUAGCAUUUCUCCAUCGACUAGAUGGCUAUUCACUGCACGCAGAUAGUGAUCCAGAGGCUGGUCUUCUUCGCCUUCGAUAUGUGAAGCCUGAAGUUAUCAGCUGGACGCCAAGGAUAAUUAUUUUCCACAAUUUUCUUAGUUCAGAGGAGUGUGAUUACCUAAUGGCAAUUGCUAGACCAAGACUGCAAAUGUCCACUGUAGUGGAUGUUGCAACUGGAAAGGGUGUAAAAAGUGAUGUUCGGACGAGUUCUGGUAUGUUUGUGAAUUCUGAAGAAAGAAAAUCUCCAGUCAUUCAGGCUAUAGAGAAGCGAAUAUCUGUGUUCUCUCAAAUACCUAAAGAAAAUGGGGAGCUCAUUCAAGUAUUGAGGUAUGAAGCUAGUCAGUAUUAUAGACCACAUCAUGAUUACUUUUCUGACACUUUUAACCUGAAGCGUGGAGGGCAGCGUGUUGCUACAAUGCUUAUGUAUUUGACAGAUGGUGUUGAAGGUGGUGAAACUCACUUUCUGCAGGCAGGAGAUGGAGAGUGCAGCUGUGGAGGAAACGUGGUCAAAGGAUUGUGUGUUAAGCCAAACAAAGGGGACGCUGUUCUCUUUUGGAGCAUGGGAUUGGACGGUAACACAGACCCAAACAGUAUCCACAGCGGGUGCCCUGUUCUGAAAGGAGAGAAAUGGUCUGCGACGAAAUGGAUGAGGCAGAAGAUGACUUUCUGAUUAGAACUGGUUUGGUGGGUACAGGGAGAGUUGGUUCAGUUUUGCAUUGUAACUCGGGUGCCACUCCAGGGCAAUACCUGCAAGAACGUACAUGGAUGUCUCAUAGCAAUGCAUACAGCAACACACAUGGAUUUGGCAGGGUCACAUACUCACACUCACACCUGUGCAAUCGUGCUCCUGUGAACGCUUUGUCGUUCCAUGCCUUUUCACAGGGUUGGCGGGCGACACUGCUCUUGGAUUA